CCUGGGAGAGGCCCCCCUUCUGCUGAGGAAGCAGCUUUUCCAGUCAAACAAUAGCUGCUGUUCCUGGCAGGGGACCAAGCUGGGCCUAGGCCACAGGGGGAGGGGGCAGUGGAUUGAGAGAGAAGCGGAGCCUCCCUGCGAGCUUUUAGGCAUCCUCUGGGCCUAAAGCACUGUUUUCUGCUUCAGCUGGGGACACAGGCCUAAGAAAGUGAAUGGUCAUAGGAGACUUAAGACAGACCAUCCACUUCUUCCCGUCCGGUGGCUUCCCACCCUAACCUGCACCUGCCAUGGAGGAGCACAGCUUUUGAGAAAUACCCCUACUUCCCCCAGUCCUCCCGGGGACAGGCCAGGAUGUGGGGCUGCAUGUAGUGUUCCAUGGGAAUCCCAAGAGGUCUGGGAUGGGGCUUAGCCAGGCUUCCAUCUGUCUGUUGUGGAGGCUCCAGAGCAGGCAGGUCCCAUCACGCUGGAGACCUGCCUACCCUACUUGGUUCCGAGCCUUAGAUCUGAGGCCUAAGGAUACUUGGGCCAGAUCUAGGCCCUCUGGAGCAUGCUUGGUCCUGUCAUGGAGUCAACAUGGGCUUGCUGAUGCCUGCUCAGCCUUGGAGUCUUCUCAGACCUUUGGGAGGCUGGGUAAGAUCUUGUCUGCCAGAUGGGGUACUCCCAGGGCCUGAAGCCACUUCAGAUGUACUGAGGCCAGUUGAGUUCUGCUAACCAUCACAGGCUUUGGGGCAGCCUCUGAGGAACUUGAAUCUCUGGCCUGAGGUCUGAGUACUGAGUAAGGCUGACUGCAUGGUCCUGUCCCUUAAAGCCUGGUCCUGAGUGUUCCUAGCCCAAGCACUUGUCGAGUUGGUUUGUAUUGAGGGACCUCAAGCUCAGGCCCAGGCCACCUUCAGUUCCCAGCCAUUCAUUGUGUUGCUCAGAAAGAGGUGACUAAGACUCACAUCUCUGAGGUUAGGCGCUUUCUACAAUGGAAUUGGGUGAAAAACAGGGCCACUCAGGCCUGGUCAGUGCCCAGUCGCAAAGUGGGAAGAGGUAUCAAUACCAAUCCUGGGCACGCCUUGCGUUGGGGAUGCCACCUCAACUCUGGCGGCCCUACCCCCGCACAGCCAUUACAGCAAGAACCUUGAAGAGUAAAACGUAGGGUCACUGGGGUUCCACGCUCCAGGGGCUCAGGCCAACAUUCCGCCCAGUUUCAGUUCUUUGGUAGGCUUUUUUCAGGAUUUCAUUCUGUCCAAGUGUGUACCUGAGGGAGGAACGUGACCCCUGCUUCCGGUACGCACCUGAACCCAGGGUGGCGCGAGUCCUGCGGAAGGGCGGAGCCUGGAGAAGUCCAAAGGCUUUAGGGUCCCGCUGUGGUUCCCGACCCAGGACUAGCCGGGUGGAGCCUUCCGGGGUGGGGCUAAACGGGUUGGUAGGAGUGGGGCGGAUUUCUGAAGUUGGAAGGAGGCGUAGCCAACUCGCAUUGGUCGUGGGCCCAGCGGGGCGUGGCCAUCAAGGAGCCAGACGUCUGUCUGGGCGCCGGGUGGGACUGGUCCGCGGCGUAGCGGGCUGCGUGGACGCAAUCUUACCGCGGCUCCUUUAAAUCCCGGGCGCCACCCCGCCGCCCCGCCUCCCGCCUGGGUUUAGCUAGCGGCCAGGCCCCCGCCGCACGGACCGCGAUGGAGCUGCACAUCCUAGAGCACCGGGUGCGGGUGCUGAGUCUCGCCCGCCAGGGUCUCUGGCUCUACACCCACCCGCUCAUCAAACUGCUUUUCCUGCCCCGCCGCAGCCGGUGCAAGUUCUUCAGCCUGACCGAGACCCCCGAGGAUUACACGCUCAUGGUGGACGAGGAGGGCUUUAAAGAGCUGCCCCCCUCCGAGUUCCUGCAAGUGGCUGAUGCCACGUGGCUUGUGAUGAACGUGUCCUCUCAUAGCGGUGGGGCAGUGCAGGCUGCUGGGGUCACCAAGAUCGCGCGCUCUGUUAUCACGCCGCUGGCGGAGCACCACGUGUCUGUGCUGAUGCUGUCCACUUACCAGACGGACUUCAUCCUGGUGCGGGAGCAGGACCUGUCCGUGGUGAUCCAUACUUUGGCCCAGGAGUUCAACAUUUACCGCGAGGUGGGCGGGGAGCCUGUGCCCGUUGCUAGGGAUGAUUCCAGCAAUGGCUUUCCUCGAACCCAGCAUGCAGGGCCCAGUCCCACGGUGCAUCCCAUUCAGAGCCCGAAGAACCGCUUCUGUGUCCUCACAGUGGACCCCGAGACGCUGCCAGCCAUUGCUACCACCCUCAUCGAUGUCCUCUUCUACUCACACAGUGCCCCCAAAGAGGCGGCUUCGGGCAGCCCUGAACCCAGCUCCAUUCCGUUCUUCGCCUUUUCCCUUAUUGAGGGAUACAUCUCCAUCGUCAUGGAUGCUGAGACACAGAAAAAGUUCCCCAGUAACCUCCUGCUGACCAGUUCUUCUGGGGAGCUUUGGAGGAUGGUGCGCAUUGGUGGACAGCCCCUGGGCUUCGAUGAAUGUGGGAUUGUUGCCCAAAUUGCUGGUCCCCUGGCUGCUGCUGACAUCUCUGCCUACUACAUCAGCACUUUUAACUUUGAUCACGCUCUGGUGCCUGAGGAUGGCAUCAGCAGUGUCAUCACUGUCCUCCAGCGAAGGCAGGAAGGCCUGGGCUCCUGAGGCUUGGAAGGAUCAGAGCUGGUGCCUGCCUCUGUCACCGGUGGACUUCCAGAGACUUCUUUAAGCUAUUUCCUCAGCCUCUGGCCACUGCCUGGGAACCCCACAUUCUUCCCUCUAUGUAAGCUGCAAGAGGCACCACUCUUUCAUGGACAUGCAUGCGUGCCUCCAGCCGGAGUGGGCAGGUGCUGGCCCAUGUGUGUCUGCCCAUGCAGGGGGGAACACGGUGCUCGGGGCCUGAGCCCCAAACCCAUCACUCCCCAUGCGGCCUCAGCAUUUGCACAAUCCCUGCCUGAGGCCCGAGCCAUUCCCCUCCUGCUCCCUGGGGCCUGCUGCCCUCCAGGAGGGCUGCGAUCCUUCUGUCUGACCAGGGUGACUUCCUGGCCAGGCAAGUCCUGACAGUGCCUCCCAAGAAAAGUAUUUUUACACCUCUUUCUUCUCACUGAGUAUUAAUAAAGAACUUUAUAUUGA